UCUCUUGAAUAUCAAACACUCGACGUCUCCAUAUUGGAAGCCGAGAUAAAAAACACGGGGAAAUAUGAAGAGGCUCUUUUUGACGAUGCGUUAGACGUACCGAUGUCGGGUUUCUCCUCGCCAACUCCGAGAGUUUAAACGCAAGCGUUGAGACAUUGCGCAUGUCAUUUAUUCUGCCCACAUUUAGAGGUUUCAUGGUCAGCUCGCUAAAGCUAUCUUAUAUUAGAAAUCCAGCCUGCGACUACUUGUUAGCCGUUCGGCGUAAUCUAUUUCGCAUCACUGUGGGCUAAUUGAUCAAAUGUGUAUCCGCGACGCGUAUUUUAAUGCAACAAAACGCAAAGAUUAGUGUUCGGGUGCAGUCCGUUCACCCACGCUAGCCCGAGCGACAGCAGUCUGCCUGGAGAUCUGCCAUUAACUCGACUUGACUAGCUGUUAGCACAAUCUCAAACACGGACACGGCCAGAACUCGCUGGAGAAAGGAGCUAACAUUUCGUUUCCAUGGACAACACGUCCAUAAUAACGCAGGUUACGAACCCCAAGGAGGAGGAGAUACUCUCGUCAAAUGCUGAGAAAGUUUCACUGUCCAACUGCAGUCUGAAGAAGAAAAGGACUCAUAGCAUCUUCAGCUCAUUGUUCUGCUGUCUGAGGAGUUAUGAUGCUGAGCCCCCUGUCAUUCCCAACAACAGCAGCAUCCCUCUGCCCCCACCCGUGGAGGAGAACGGAGCUCUACCAAAGUGUGAUCAAGUUGAGGUCAUCCCUAUCCCCAGUCCUCCAGAGAAGUACCUCCUCCCAGAGGUUAACAUAAAUGACUAUGGAAAAAAGUGUGUGGUAAUAGACCUGGAUGAGACUCUGGUGCACAGCUCAUUUAAGCCCAUUAGCAAUGCUGAUUUCAUCGUCCCUGUGGAGAUAGACGGCACAGUGCAUCAGGUCUAUGUGCUCAAGCGACCUCACGUGGAUGAGUUCCUGCAGAAAAUGGGCGAGCUGUUUGAAUGUGUGCUUUUCACAGCCAGUCUAGCCAAGUAUGCUGACCCGGUGGCUGACCUGCUGGACCAGUGGGGUGUGUUUCGGGCACGACUCUUCCGGGAAUCCUGUGUUUUCCACAGAGGGAACUACGUCAAAGACCUUAGUGUGCUUGGUAGAGAGCUUAGAAACGUCAUCAUUGUGGACAACUCCCCUGCUUCCUACAUUUUCCAUCCUGAAAAUGCUGUGCCGGUGCAAUCGUGGUUUGAUGACAUGACUGACACAGAGCUCCUAGACCUGCUGCCUUUCUUUGAGGGACUGAGCAAAGAAGAGGAUGUGUAUGGAGUGCUGCAGAACCUGAAGGGCAGGUAGCAGGCUGAGCUGCACCACCGGUUGAGGGGCCAGUGGAGUCCUCCGGUGGAAAUCAGAGGAGCAGCUCCUCUACUCCAGCCUGCAGCUGCCACCAGUCCGCACCUCACAGUACAGGAAAGUGACAUCAGCCAGGACCCACAGUGAAAUAAACUGACUUUUAACAUUUAAAGGACACUCAAAUAUUUCUCUUUUGAAAAGUGCUUAUGAGAAACCAAAAAAUGACCCUUUUCCCUUUUAUCAAAUGAAAAUAUUCAAGUCUGAACCAUUUUUUGAGGUGUUGCUAUGCAGGUAGAAAUCUGUAGGGUUUAAGGACUGUGGGGUUUCCUCUCCGACCCAAAAAAGUGCCUUUUUUGAAUGUCAUUUUGUAUGGGGGAAAAAAUUAACAUUUUGUACACAACAUAUUUCCAGAGAGCCUAAUCUUUACACAGAUGAUAUGCUUUAAAAUGGAAGCAGGUCAGACGCUUUUAUAGAAGCACUGUUAAAGAGGCCAGAGAUUUUUAAUUAUAUAAAGCCGGGUACAUGUCUCCAUCUUUAUUCUUGUUGUGCUGGUAUAUUUUCAUUUUGCUUUAGCUUGCACCAUUAUAGAGAACGAUUCUAUUAUUAGUUCUAUCUAAACUUGUAUAUGUUUACUUUUGUUUUCUAAGAGCAAAGGAAUGCAUUCGCACUUGUCAGGUUACUCUUCUUGUACACUAUGGCCUCUCUUGCCAACUCCCUUGCUAACCAGACUAGUAGAAACAAUCUUAAAGUGAAGAUUGUAUUGUGCCAAUUGUCUCCCAAUCUGAUGCCAUUUACCUGCUGAAGUUCCUUUUUGUUCUCAUCAAACAGGCCCGACUGAAUGAAAUUUUACGGCUAAUAUUGGUGCUUUAAUUGAUGUAUCACGUGCAGGAGAAAUGUCUGGACAUUUUAAUAUUCACCCAGACAAGUUGCCCAGUGACUAUACAAGAUAGAGUUUUGGUCAUUAGUAUUUCUUUAAACUUGAUCUGAAUCCCUUUGGUGAAAUAGCGUAGACACUACAGUUGUUCUACCUUUUGUAGUAUUCCUAAGGGGAAGUGUUCUUUAUAGACGUCAGGAUGCACAAUUGCAAAUGUAUCCCUUUUUAUCAUUUAAAAAAGAGGAAUCUCCUUGUUGGUUUGUGGAUUAUUGGAAAUUGGUCCUUCAUUCUUACAAAACUUAUAAGAUUUUAAUUUGUUUCAGGUUGUUUUAGACAUACCCUGCAGCUACCACUGUAUACUACACUACAAAAAAAUCCUCCCUGUAGGGUACAAACAAUACCAGCCCAGGGACAAGAGACUGUGCAGCUUGUCCUAGAGUGGCUCAGAAUGGACAAGUUUAAGGGAAUCAUUCACUCAAAAAUAAAAAUUCUGUCAUCAUUUCCUCACACAUUCAUGUUAUUCCAAACCCUGGUGACUUUCUUUCCUCCACUGAAUGCAAAAGGAGAUGUUAGGCAGAAUGUUAGUCUCAGUCACCAUUCAGUUCCAUUGCAUCAUGUUUAAAUACUAUAAAAGUGAAUGGUGACCGAGGCUAAAAUUCUGCCUACAAAAGUCAUCCAGGUUCAGAACAACAUGAAUGACUGAGUGAAUGCUGACAGAAUUUUUAUUUUUGGGUGAGCUAUCCCCAUUCAAGUGUGUCGGACCUUCAUUGAAAUGGUUUGAUUGAACCAUUUCUCCUCUUGAGAUUGUGUUGAUGAAAGCAGUGUUCUGUGCAAGCUGUGCAGACUCUCCAUCACCACAGUGCCUAAGAUGAGAGGAGCAGCAGCGGCAUUUCCCGUUCUGCUGCUGAGCAGGCAAUAACCUCUCUCUGCCCAGAGUCCACCACGUCAUAGUUUAUUCACUAUGAGUUGUCAUUUGUUUAACUUUUAUCCACUUUUUCAGUAUUUCAUCAUCUACCUCUCUCCUUCUCUCUUUAUCCUGCUCCGUAGCAGGCAACAGAGUGAUUCAUACUUGCCUUUAUGGUCUUCUGUCAGUAUUUGAGAGAUAUGUACACUUAUGUUAUCCUGCUUUUUGCUUGUUUGAGCGCUGUACAGUCUCUCCCUUCUAUUGACAGUUUGCUGAAGAUUAACACCUCAAAACUACCCAGAUAAUUGACUUUGAAGUACUUGAUUGGUAGUGUUGAAAAAUAUGCUUGGUUUUGUAAAACACAAUACAAUUCACAUUCACUGUUUUAUGACACCAUGUACUGCAGGUGAUCUAAGUUGAAACACAGUUGGUUUUGGUCAUGGUUGUAUUUUCCUUUUGUUCUCCAUGUGUUUUUCACUUCUAAACGGUCAGGUUCUAUGUCAAUACACAUCCAAUUUGCCUUAUUUUCUUUGUUGAUAUUUUUGCAGUAAGACAUAUAGAAACUUGAAGCAGUCAUUGGAUUUACUGGGGUUUGAAAUCAGUUUGGAGAGGCUGUACAGUGCUGAUGUUUGGAUUAUAUUUCAAGUUGAAUUGAUUCAUGUUGUCGCAAGUUUUCUUCCGGACUCUGACAUGUUAUAUUAAAGCACCUUUUUAAAAAAAAGAAAAUGACUUAUUUGUCGUACUGCAGUGUACAUAAAUAAUCCAGAAUUCUUAGAUCAUCAUGUUUCCUUUUUAAUUUUCACCUUUUUAUUAUUAUAAAAAAUCAUCGUAUAUUUUCCAACAUUUUUAAUCACCUUUUUGUCUUCAUUUAAAAUGGUCAAGCCAUGUGAGCAAGUACAAAAAAAAAUCAGUGUAGUUUGAGUUCAAAUGUAUAAUCAUUAUAAAAAGAUGUUUGAACGAGGUCCCAUAUUCUGCGAGAUUGUAGGUACAUUUUAGAAAUGGGUAAAUAAUUAUUCUAAACUUAUUUGGUUGCAAUUAUUAUAACCAAUUGUUUGACACCAUUUUGAGCAACUCGCAAAUAUCUUUCAUCAGCAUCAAACCAAAAAACUUAACCAUUUAAAUCAUUCAUAUAUGUGGUGAUAUGCUUGUAAAUGUUUCUUUUCAUUCAGUCACAAUAUUCCAAACAGCUGUGAGUAAACUAGAAUGUCCGGUGACAUUCUCGAUGUUUCCAUUGUUGAUUGUCUACUCUAAUAGUGUCCUGUUUACAUCACUCACUGCUUUCUAUUCUGCUUUUAUCCAUUGCUUCACUGUACUUUAGUGCUUUGACUUGUUUCUCGCAAGACUGCAAUAUUAGACAGACUUGAUUUUAAUGAUUAAUUUUUCCCCAUUAGAGGCUUCAGAGAUGUCAACACAGUGCAAAGACAUUGUGAUAUAUUUCCAUAAAUCACCUGGUAGAGGUCAAUGCAAGAAAUGCAUUGAAAUUUGUCUUUGUACUUCCAUACAUAAUUGAAGACAUUAAAGA